ACUGGUUUGGUACAGCAAAUUCAUCGCGGUUGGGAGAAGCUCGGUCAUCUGACUUGCAAGGAAACGGUGGCCGUAAGGACAUUGGCCGAUAUUUGUACCGAAGUAAAGAACGAAAACGACAAAUGGCGAAGUUUAACAUUGAUACAGAGCGAAUUUUGGAACAAAGACUGACACAGAUCCAUGCUCGACGAGUAGAGUUGGACAAGGAGAAAAGUGAGAUCGCUUUCGACUUGGAAAUAUGGGAGCAGGCCGACACCGAACUCCAAGAAAAGCUGGAUGAGGCUGUUCAUGAUGAGCUUUUGAAAAAGAGGGAUCUAACUAUCAAAGUCGAAGCGAUCGAGGAGGAAAUACGACAACUUGUUGAGCGUUUGAACCACCUGGAGAAUCAACGGAAUGAACAUCGCUCUGAAAUACAUCGUUUAAACGAUAUUAUCGAUAAUGCAUCCAGAACAUAUGCACCGGAAAAAGAGCACCAUUUGGCGGAACGAGAAGCCAUUGAAAAACGAAAAGCCCAUGUGGAUCGCAUUACGACCGAGCUGGAUAAAGAGGAUACCGACUUGCAUCAGUUGAUGGAUCGCAAACAUAAAGACCAACAACAAUACGACGACGAGAUGCAAGAACUCAAUACAUGCUUCCAACAUUCCAUGAAGUUGAUCGAUCAAACCGAACAAGAAUCAAAAGACAUCGUUUCUUUAUUUGAGCAAGCGAUUAAAAUUCGAGAUGAGACCAUCCUCGAUGAAACAUUGGCUAAAUCAAGAAGUCAAACGGAUGCCCAGCUUCGCGAAAACUUGUUGAACCACCUCCAAGACAAUGUAGAAAAUGCACAACAAGAUCUGGAUGCGUUUGAAGAAAAGCAUUUACAUAUGAAAUCACAGUUGGCAAGUACGGAACAAAAAAAGCAAUCAGCCGUGCAAUCCGGACGCUUUCAGGAAGCAGCGCGAUUGGCAGUUCAGUUGAAGGAAAUACGGUCUGUAUUGGAUCAAGCGGACAGCCGGCGUCAGAAGCACAAGGAAGCCCUUGCUCGCCAUCAAGAAACCCUGGAAGAACAUCAAACAGAAAUGAAACAAGUAGAAACUAACCAGGAACAGACCCAGCAUUACCAGAGUUUGUUUUCGCAACUGGAAUCAUAAGCAUGACGUAUGCUAAUCGAGUUUUUUUGUAGAUGAACGUUUACUUGCAGUUUUGAAGGAAUCCAAGGAUAAAUUGGGAGCAUUAGAGCAUCGGUAAG